AUAACUAAGAAACUAUAUGCCCACUGCGGGGGCAGUAGCAUUGCAGUAGAAUCCACCUGUCAGUGCUGCAGACAUCUUUAACGCCUCAGUCCUCGGUCCAUUUGGUCACCACCACCACCAUCACCACCACCACCGCCACCUUCCCCCACUUUCUUUCUCCUUAUUUCUCACUCACUCUUUCCCCAUCUCGCCGUCCUUCAUUUCCCCUCUCUCUUUUUCAUACAACCACAAGACCUUCCUGGCACGGCACAAAAACACGUACUACUACUACUCUUUUAUUGGUUACCGCUGUUGAGAGUGUUGCUUUGAAAAUGGCCACGGCGGUCACCACUCCUCCACCGCCCUCCUCCUCUUCUUCUUCAUGUGGGCCCAAGUUAGAAUCUUUGGCAAAUAUAGACAUAACUAAGUUAUCUCAGUCAGAGCUUUACACCCUCUCCAAAUGCUCCAAUUCCGCCUUCGACCUUCACCGCUCUGACGACGUCGUCGUCCCCAACAUCGAUCGUUCCCUCUUUAACGAGUCCUCUGGUAGCCGCCGUCAAACCUAUUCCCGCCUCCGCCAAAGCCACCAUCAUCACCACCACCUCCACCCACGUACCCGCCUCCCGGGGUUACUUCCCGGGCCUAAACAUUCCCCUUCUGCUGACCCCGAAAACCACGCCAUUCUCCACUAUUUAAAACACUAUCUUAACCACAAUUCAGCUACCAAUUGCCCGCCUCCACCACCGCCACCGCCUCUGCCACCUCGACCACCUCCCCCGCCUCCACAGCCGGUGGGGUUGGGAUUGCAAGAAAAAAUGGCAAUUGCGGUGAAUGUUGUGGAGAAGAAGAGGAAGAGGGGCGGAAAGGUCAGGUGGAAUCCGGGGUUGUUGGAAAAUGGGGUGGGGAUGGAGCUGGAGAGAGUGAACAAAAAUGGGCUGGAGGUCGACUUUGCGGCGUUGGAGAGUAAUGGGGAUGAGUUUUAUAGUGCUGAAUUGGGGAGAAGGACAAUGGGGUUGGAGACAGAGGAAGGGGUUUUAGAGUUUUUGAGGGGUUUAGAGGGACAAUGGUGUAGUAGAAGGAAGAAGAGGAAGUAUGUUGAUGCUGGUGAUUUUGGCGAUGCAUUGCCCAUUGGCUGGAAGCUCUUGCUUGGCCUUAGAAGGCGAGAUGGCCGUGUGUGGGUGUAUUGUCGCAGGAUCAUAAGCCCUAUUGGGGAACAAUUUCUCUCCUGCAAGGAGGCUUCAUCAUUUUUGCGCUCCUAUUUUGAGGCCAAAAGCUCAAGUCAGCCAGUGGAUCAGGGGAAUUCCAUAGUUGAGCAAGGUGGUGCUGUGGCUUCACGAAGGAAUGCAGGUUCUAUCACCAAUGCUUAUCAAACAAGUCAUGAGAUUGUCCCCUACUUGACAGCAUCUGGUGGUCAUGAUAAUGAUGUUGGCUUAAUGGAUAUAGACAAUCUCCCUGAGGUUCAGGUUCAGGACCUUUUUGAAUGUUACAAAUGCAACUUAACAUUUGAUGAAAAGAAUUUGUACCUGCAGCAUCUUAUGUCAUUUCACCAGCGGACUACAAGGAGGUAUAAGUUUGGGGAUGCUGUAGCAGAUGGGGUGAUAAUCAAAGAUGGAAAAUUUGAGUGCCAAUUCUGCCACAAGGUCUUCCUAGAAAGGCGUAGUUAUAAUGGUCAUGUCGGGGUUCAUGUCAGGAACCAUGUCAAAGGUUCAGAACUGCCCACUCCAGAUUCUGUCCAGAAGAGUGUUGAUUCUCCUUCAUGGGAGGGCCUGUGCCGGAGGACAUCUAAAAAUGCUCUAAUUGAAAUAGCUCAUAAUUUUACAUCCGCUGCUUCUAGUGCUGGACCUAGUUCUGCUGCUGUUGAAAUUUCCCACCCUAGUGUAAUUAACUUGAAUGAAACCUUGGCUGGCAACACUCAUGUUGGAGCAACUUUGGUUUCUGAGCCUUCACAAUUGGAAGGUCUAAAUGCUGGGAGAACGCUGAAUCUAGACUUAAAUCAGCAUAAAAGUGAUUCUUUUAUGGAUGAUGGGAGAAUGAGCAUGUGUAACAAUAGGCAGGCUAUCGAAAUUAACCUGAAAGAAGUUCAUACAAAGGAUGCUGAGCAAUCAGAUGCUGAAGAGUUGAAAGAAUAUGGAAACAAAAAUGUAGAAAUAGGUUUUGGACCUAGGUCUUCUAAGCAAAGUGAUGAUGUUGCAAAUUCUGAGGGACCGAUGGGUGAGGAAACUGUGCAUCAUAGUGGAAUUUCUUCCUCCUCAACACCAUUGGUGCAAGCAUAUGACUACUUUUCUUCUGUCCCAGACAAGGGAGAUGAUGAAUUUUUCUUGGAAAGCCAGAAACUUGGGAAUUUGCCAAGCUUUGAGGAGUUGGAGUUGGAUUAUAUGGGACCCUUCAAAUAUGAUUUUGCAGAUGGGCAAGAAUCAUCUUUGCCAGAGGUCUCCAGGGAUUUGGCAAGUGAUACAGGGAAGGGAGAAGUAUUGAAUGCUUCAGUUGGAUUGGAUUCACAGGCAGAUCAACUAAAUAUGACUGGCACUCAUCAAUUCACAACCGUGUGUGUGUGGUGCAGAUCAGAGUUCAAAAUUGAGGCUUUUGAUUCAGAACUUCAGUCGGAUUCUAUUGGAUAUAUGUGUACAACUUGCAAGGAUAAAAUAUCUGGGCAUUUUUCCAGGAUCUGUCAUUGAGUUCCCAUCUCUUCUGAGGUUCAUGGGCUUAUUUAGUUUGGGGCUGACUCUGCAGAUACACAGUGGGAUUGUUCGCUACUGACUGCUUUCUUUUGCUUCUGUUGCUGGGUGGUUGCUCGGUGAAAGACUCCUUGCUGGUAGUAGGAAACGUGACUAGUAUGUUCAUACCUACAUAGCAUGGAUUACCUAGCUAAUCAAUUUUGGUCGUAGGCUUACCAAAAGUUUGUCUAUGUAUGUAUAUGUUGUGCUUAUAUGAUACAGUCCUAGAUAUAGUUUCUCCUAGUAUCUUGGAGCUAAGGAUUGAACUUCACAAGCAUCAGUACUUAAAUAUUUAUAUAUAGUCAUCUGUUCCUGGCACCGUU